AUGUCCACGCGAGAGAAGAAUUAUUUCUUGGCGCCGAUUGGAAACCCCCCGGAGGGUCCUAUCCGACUCGGAAACAUUGUCUCCGGUCCAGCAUUCGCAGACGAUCCUAUCAAUGAGGAACACCUCCCGUUGGACUCGGUGGCCAUGGAAGUCAGUGAGCACAACCAAACCAACUUCACCUUUGACAUGAGCAUGAGCAAAGAUGGCUUUGUCGGAGUUUGGGCAUCAUUCUUGCAAGUGUUGGGGAUCGGCGGUGACGUGACGUUUGAGUGGUCCAGGGAGCACAGCGAGAAAUGGGCCUGCGAAAACUUGAAAACCGUUUCAUGCAACCCCAAACUUUCUUACAUUACUCAGUGCUUGAAAGAUGAGGGUGUGCAGCAUUAUAUGCGUGUUGAAAAGCCUUGGCUUGGUGCCUCCAAGCUGUAUAUGGUCACCGGCAUCAAAGUGGCCUACGGAGCUGCCUCCACAGUCGCCUACGCGAGAAAGAAUGGGCUGAACCUCCGAUUCGGCACAGAUUUCAGUUCACAAGGUGUUCCUCUCAGUUUAGGACCUAAAAUUGGAGGCAGCAAUACGAUAUCUGUUCAGCAGUCGCAGGAAGGCGCCGAGCCAUUUGUUUUUGCCUUUCGCUUGCGACGAAUCAAGAUCUCGCGAAAGGGUGAUAUUCGUCAUGAGAACUACACUAGAGGAACAGUCCUCAGUAUUAAGGAAGAUGGCCCGAGUGGUGAAUCGGAUAUGGAGAUUGUGGUUGAUGGCAUUGAGGACCAUGACGCAGAGGGCUCGGAAUUUCAACUUGACAGCAAGGGCGCUUUGGAGGAGGAAUCCCCAGAUGGUACACGCUGCAAAUGUGUGGUAGUUGAGGAUACAUGA